AUGGAUGCGAUAGAGUUAGCUCUUCGCAAAUGUCUCAAUGUUCUAGUUUCAUCAGCAACAAUAACCGAACGAAAGAGAAACGCCGAAACAUUUAUUGAUUUGCUGAAAGAUAAUCGAACUCAUGAAUUAUUAGACAAUCAAGUCAAUGACGAAAAUUCGAGCAAAACGUCAAUCUCCUGGAACGAAAUGUUUGAUAUUAUUCGAGAAUACACAGUCAAUGAAUUAGCGAGUAUUCGAUCGAAAUCAGGAAAAACAGCAACACCAGAUACGAAAUAUCAAGAAGCGCUGAAAUUAUUCAAAAGUUUAAUUGAAAACGCCAAUACACGUGGUCCUCAACUCGACGGUCGUCCUCUUCUCGAGUCGAUUCUUUCGAUAAUUACUAGUCAAGCGUGGUCAUCAUGCACGAUUGUCAUUCGAGAGCUCAAUCACCUGCUAAUCCAUAAUGUUAUUUGUUUUCAUAAAUAUCUCAAUGAUCUGCGUGAGCAAGAAUGGAUCGAUCUAUGCGAAUUGUAUAUGUCAUUGACAAGAAAUUCGGAGAAAUCUGUUCGAGAGAAUGAUCAAUCACUUUAUAGUUCUUAUUUGAAAUAUCUUCUGGAAAAACUAGCUGUUUAUACUGAUCUAGAUUCGAGUAAAUCUUUAUUACGAAAAGAUUUAUUUGAUUUCCUUCAGCACGAGAUCAAGCAGCUCACAACUUCAAAUCAUUUCUCGGUUAUUGAAAAUUUUCUCUGCUCACUCAAUAUUUGGUCAUGGAAAUACUUAUUCGACAUGCCGGAUGAAAUCUUUCGAUUAGGUUAUGAACUUCUACCAUCAAUUCUCGAUAUUUGGAGAAGAAAGUGUAGUGAUAAGCCAAAAAGUGAAAUCAUCAAAUUUUGUCGUUUACAACUGAGUAUUCAUCAUCCGGAGCAGAGAAAAAAUAUACUGGAAGUCUAUGAUGAUAUCUGGACGAAAAAUCUUCGAGAUUUAAAUGAUUUGAUUUUAAGAGAAAUUGAUGAAAUUUGUUUAAAACGUUUGAACAAUCGACAAAAUCAAAAUGAAUUCCUCGUUCGAUAUGAUUUACUUCAUUUAGCCAGCAGUGUAUUCUAUCAGCUUUCGUCAGACGAACUUCAAAUAAAAAGUGAAACUAUGGAUGUUGACGAAAACGAUGAAUUACUCGAGCCAAGUGCGAAACGAACUCGUUAUGAACAUUCGUCAACAACCACCAAUACACAAAUGAAAUCAUUUCGAAAUCUUUUUCAGUCUACCGAUUCCUAUCAUCAAGCUGUGGGUUUCCAAAUUCUUUCAAUUCAACUCGAAAGAGAUAUGGAAUUGUCUUCAAUCGAUGGUGAUUAUUACAUGAAUACUCUCAAACGAUAUUUAACCGAUGAACGAAGACCAUCGCUGUUAGUCAAUGCUCUUCGCUGUCUCUAUUUACUUUUCACUCGUACAUCGCAUUGUCAAUUAACAUCGGAUUUGACAGUUUUAAUCCAACCAUUGAUUCAUAUUCCCAUCUGCGAAUCUUCUGUAAUCGAAAUCCUUUCCGAGAAACAACUUUUUCUUUCGAAUCUUUGCGCAUGUUCAUCAGUAACCUCGCUGAAAUACAUCUUCAACAGAUUAACGCGGUACUCGAAUUAUUCGUGUUCAUUCGACGACGAAAAUCGUUUACUAAACAAGUUUCUUCCAGAUUUGAUGAGUUUAUAUCGAAACAAUGAACAUGAUUUAUCCAUGUUUUUCCAAUCCUAUUCACCAGAAUACACUCAUUUAUGUGCAACAAUUCUCAUGCAAUUCAGUUCGUUCGAUGUUUUACCAUUUCAAGAAAAUCGAAACCAAACGGACGAAUCAAUUGAGAAUGAAUUCGAUCAGAUUGAACGACAAUGGUUACAAUUGAAAUUACUUGUUCCUUCUGAUCAAUUACUAGUCGAUGAAGAAGAACGAGUGGAAUUUUGUUUGAAAAUGAAUACGUGCGAGUUGAAUUUGAAUAUGUUCAAACGUUUCAAUGAAAUUUAUGGAAAAAAUGUUCGAUUCAUUCAACAACUGAAAGAUAAACAUUUAGGCGAACGAAGUAAACUCAUUCUUCAUUUCGUAUUUCUUGGUAUUCACAUGGUUCAAAUUCUUCAAUUGUAUUUCUCCGAAUUGAAUCAAACUGAAGACUGUAUUCUCAGAUUCAUCGAAAAUAUUCAAAAUCUCUUUACUGAAUUAACUGACGAAACCGUCUAUCUCUUCGAUAAAACUCACGAAAUUGCAUUUAUCAACGAUUUACUCGAACAUAUGAAGAACGUCAUCUAUUCAUUUUCUUCUUCUUCGUUACUAAAACCGAUUUCACCAUCAUUAAACCAAUUCUAUUCGAUUCUUUACGGUUUCCUCGAAUCAAAAUUUCUCUCGUGUUUGUACAACUACACAACUGAAGAAUAUUCAACGAGAAAACCCUCAGAUAUCGAAGGCAUUCAAUGUCCAACCGAUGACGAAACCAAUGAGAAACUUUCCUUAUUCGAAAUUCUUCUCCUUCUCUGCUUUCAAGCCACUUACGAUCAAAUGCAUUCAUCAAAAUCUUUCCUAUUAAACUAUCAACCGAACCAAAACCUCCUAAUUCGUAUCCUCGAUGAGAAACUGUAUCUUUAUCUCGAAGAACUUCCUCUACCUGAUCCAGUUUCGUUGAAAUACUUACAGCGAUUCUUCUCGUUUAUUUCUCGAAAUACUAAGCAGUAUAGUCUCAUUCUUCGCCAUGAUGAUUUCGAGAACAUUAGCAAUCUCUUCACAGAAGCAUUUCGCGUCUAUCGUCGAGAUACACGUGUAUGUCAACAAUUGUUUCAUUAUUUCCGGUUAUUUAUCAAAAAAUUCUAUUCACAAAUUCGACGAGAGUUUUUCACAGAUAAGAACUGGUUGCAUAUGAAGAAAAUCAUCGAUGCAUUUUGGCAAAUGACGAUGAACAGAAGUCCAUUACUCAAUUCUCAUCUACGACGAUCGAUUAUCGAAAUCAAACAAAUUCUCGUUCAAGAUGAAAAUGUUUUACUCAAUGAAAUGCAAAUUAUUCUCAAUGAUUCGUCCUAUUUCGUUCGAUUGGAAGCGAAUAAACUUUGUCGACAUUUAUUCUACGAAGAGGACCAACCAAAACGAUUGAAAUCAUCGAAAGAACAAGAGAAAGUUUAUCACGAAUUAAUCGGAAUCAAUUCAUCAUUAUUCUUUUAUUUGAUGAAUCAAAAUGAAUAUCUUUCCUGUCAAAUAAGUUUUCAUCUAAUUCGACUCGGAAUUGAGAAGAAAUUAGCAAAGAAUUUAAUCAAACAUAUUCUUCCAAAAACGAUUUCAAUCCAAAGAAUUCUUCAAUAUUAUCAUCGAGAGUUGCCUUAUGAAAUGAAAGACUUUCCAUGGGAAUGUUUGGAUGUUGAUCCAUCGAACGAAGAAUAUCGUUCGUUUAUCUUUUCAACUUACUUCAUUUCCACGAUCAAAACUCGUCGAGAACUAAAUACGAUUUUUCCCGAUAUGAAAUCGGCAUUCAUCGAGUAUUUUCCUCACCUUCAAGGAUGUUUGUUACCAUUAUUAGCAACGGCAAAAGUUCAUGCCGAAGAAAAUCGACAACUAAUCGAAAAAUUCAUCACGAAAAAUGAAUACAAUCGAUUGUUGAAACAAAAAAUGACAAUGAUUAUUUUCAAACUUUUGUUAACGUAUGAAAACAGUAAACAAAGUGAAUUUUACGAUCCGUGGGCUCCGCAACCCAUCUUACCGGUUUAUACUUGGUCAGUAUUGAAAACAACAUUCGAUUAUGUCAAACAAUUGAUGAACAUGAAAACAUUUGUUGAACUUUUGUUAAAAUUUACAGAUAUCAAUGAGAUUCUUCUUAAUUUAUCAUCAGAAUUAUUCGCGACGAAUUCGAUUCACGAACAACUUCGUCUUCUUGAUGUAUUUUCCUUAUUUCUCACGGAUAUGUUAUUGACUUCACUGGAUAAUGAGUAUUUACAUAGUGUCUUACGUGAUUCGACUUAUAUUCUAUUACGAUAUAUCGAAAAAUAUUCUCAAAGAAAGUCGAUCGAAGUUUACCAACAAGAAUUAAACGAGAAGAUUCUCGAUAUUUUAUGUGGACUUCUUUAUCAAUUGUGCGUGAAAGGAUUUGCCUUUGACUCUUCUAUCUAUCUGAAUCAUGUCCCUGAUAUUGUUUCUACAUUAAUCAAUUCGAAAGAAUAUUUAACAAAAGAACGAAUUCAAACGAUUUUGAUUCAUAUCUACCAGAUUAUUCGAAAUGACAAUGAUCCUGUUUUCAAUUUACUAUCCUAUGCAAUCGAGAAAUUGAAUUAUACAAAAGCAGAUGUCAAACGAAAAUCUUCACUUGUAACAACAUCUGAUUAUCUUUAUUACCUUUCACUUCGUCGUUCAUCAUUACCCGCCGAAUGGAUUUUAGACAUGUUUCAUCAACAUCUCGACAUCGAACGACAAAAUCCUUCGAAGUCUUCUCUUCCCAUCGAUCCAUCGGUUAUUUCAUCAGUUAAACAACAACUUCUCGAAUGUUUAACUUUAAAAUCCAACCAUAUUCUCGCUGGAAAGUGUCUUUCCAAAUGUCUAUUAUUUCUCUUGAAUAACAACGAAGAAAAUCUCGAUGAUGACUCUUACGAACCCAUUCCACUAUGGAUUCUCGAGGAUUUAAUCAUGUUUUACCUGAUCGAUAACGAACAACAAAUUGUCGAAUGUACUCGUUAUACAUUGAAGACUAUCUUGAGCCAUCCGAUUGGUCAAGAACUUUAUCAAAAACACUUGCAAGAUAGUCUUAUCCAACUCUACGCAAAACCAUUCCUAUCUCCAAUAAAUUGUUUUCGAAAACUUCAAUUGAGCUUCAUUUCAUCAGGAAAUCCUUGGUUGGUCUCACCAACGAUCUCGUUCGAAACUUGGUUUCUUUCACUGAUAAACUGGUUAUUCAAACAAAUCGAAUACUAUUAUCUCGAGAAAAACGAAACCGGACAUCCAUAUGUGUUUCUUUUCUAUCAAUUGAAACAUUUAGUUCAAUUGAAAAUCGAUUUCGCGAAGAAAGUCUUUCCGCAUUUAGUUUAUUGUUUAUUGGUUUGUCCAACGAAACUGAAUCUCCGACAAAUGUUAACGAAAAACUUCAAUUUUUUGAUUGAACAGUUAGUAGGAAGCUCGAAUGAAAAGAAUUCUGCUUUGAUUCAAAUCGCCAAAUGUAUUUUUCGAACGAUUCACUAUCUGGGUCAAUGUCCGAUCGAUGGUCCAACUAAACGUGGUGGAAUGAAGUCGGUUGGCCUGAAUUUUGAAAAUCAUUUCUGGUUGGAUGUGGAUUAUUUCCAAUUAGCCAAAUGUGCAUCGAAAUAUCAAUGUUAUCAAUCGGCGAUUGUCUUUACGGAUAUUUGGACGACGAAACAACGAUCUAUUUUACCGGAAAACGAUUAUUCGAUGCAUUUAUAUCAUUCCGAUAUGGAUUUGUUAUCGUCUUCGACGGAAUUGGUUGAUUUAUUCGUUCGAAUCCAUUCGAAUAUGAAUCAACCUGACGAAUUUUACGGUUUGGAUAAAUGUUUUCAAAAUCGACCGAAUCUUUAUGGAGAAUUCAAUCAAAUGAAUAAUAAUUACUACGAUUCGUUAUUUUAUUACGAUCAGGCAGCGUCGACAAUCGAUUCGUCGAAAGUUAUUCAAUCUUUACGUUUGUGUGGAUUUAAUCAUAUUCUUGAACAAUAUCUGAAACGAGUUUCGUCCAUAUCAGAUCAAAUCUUCUAUCGAAUACAGUUAACAUCGAUACUCACAGAACAAAAUCCACUCACUCAAUGGCAAAUUAUCAAUGAACAAUCAGAGAAUCAUGUUCGAGAAGAUAUUGUGUCGAUAAUUCAACGGCAAAUGCGUAUCUCAUCAUCAUCGAUACCACAAUUGAUCGAUCAUAAUCUCUGGUCUAACGUAACGGAAUUUCGUGAAUGUUUUCUCGUUAACAUCAUUGAUGACUUGAUAACAAAUUAUGAAAAUCCCGACAUUUUAUCGAACAUCUGGAAAACUCAAUCCAAUACUCAAAUCAAAGAAGAUCUCUUCGAUCACAAUGACGAACUUCUCUUAACACGUGUUGCUCUAACCCAUAAAUUAGUCUUACGCAAUCUUCAGGAUAAUCCCGAAACGAAACAAACACUUUUCGUCAAUCUCGUUACACAACUCUGUCAAAAUGCAUUAGAAUCGAAGAAACUCCAACUAUGCGAUCGAUAUCUAAGUGAUUUUUCUCCACUUAUCAACCCAUCCUACUCGCAUGAAUUAUCUUUUCUACGUGCGAAAGUUCUCGUUCUACGUCAUCAAGACACUGCCGGUGAAUAUCUCCGUCAAUUGAUUCAAUCACCAUUAUCCGAUUCGAUUCACAUUCGUUGCCGUUUAUUACUAUGCGAAUGGUUAAACGAAACACGAUGUGAAACAUCUUCAACCAUCAAACAGCAACUCGAUGCGAUAUCAACAUCAAUGAAAAAUUUAGAUCUUUCGUCAUUAUCGUUAAUUUUCGAAUCCUAUCUAGCUAUGGCACAUUUUAGUGAUAAUGAAUAUCAACGCUUGACGCAAUUAUUGAAUUCACCCAUGUUUGAAAAUAAACGAUCGUUAAUCAAACGAAAUCAAGCGGAAUAUUCAAAACAAGAGAAAUUAGAUCCAUUAGGACGCUACACGAAAGUCUUGAAGCGUAGUUUAGACAUGGAUCGGAAGGAAAUUGAAGAACAAAAACGAUUACAAUACAGUUAUUUAAUUUCAACUUUAAAUAAUUAUCUCACAUGUUUAAAAUUAUAUUCUGAUCUGUCGAAAAAACAACAAAGAAAUCCGUUAUUAUCCAUCGAUAUGAUUAAGAAUAACUCCGUACCAGAGAUCAUGAUCACAUCAAAAUGUCUUUCGUAUUGGUUAACGAAUUCCAGUAAUGAGGAUGUUAAUAAAACCUUAAAGAAGAAUCUGGCAAAUAUUCCAACCCAUUUCUUCUUACCCUUUGUUUAUCAAAUGGCCGCAAGAAUGGCUAUUGUCAAUGACAAACUAUCAGUCAAUUUCCACACCAUUCUACUCGAAUAUUUAUCGAAAUGUAUUAUCGAUCAUCCUCAUCAUGUUCUCCCAGUCAUAUUUGCACUUGCCAAUGCACAUAAAGAUGCGCAUAUAACUCAACAGCAAACACCGAAAAAGACAACGACGAAUGAGCUUAUACAAUUAAACUAUGAAAGCAGUGACGACGCUCGUUCGCGAGCUGCACAGUAUUUGUUAGAGGAAUGUGCGAAAGUUAAACCACAAUUAGUUGAUCAAAUGAGAAAAUUGAAUGAUGCGUAUAUCGAAGCAGCGUAUUGGGAUGUUACACCUGCUAAAAAUGAUCAACAAGGUAAAGAUUCCAAUGGGAAAAAUCCAACAUUCUCCAAACAUCUUCGAUUGAUGCAUAUCAAAGACUUUUCUGAAGUUGCUGUGCCGACAAUAUCCAUACCGGUGGCGAAUGAUGGGAUUUAUAAAAACAUCGAAACAGUGAAACAUUUCAAUACGGAAUAUGCAAUGGUAGGAGGUGUGAACGCACCGAAAAAACUUCUCUGUCAUAGUUCAACCGGCCGACAAUUGCCACAAUUAUUGAAAGGAAAAGAUGAUUUAAGGCAAGAUGCUGUCAUGCAACAGUUAUUCACUGUUGUCAACCGUUUAUUGGACAAAGAUGAAUUAACACGCCAUCGAUCGAUGAAUAUCCGAACAUAUAAAGUCGUUCCUCUGACGCAAAAGAGUGGGGUCUUGGAAUGGUGUGAAGGUACGAUUACAUUUGGUGAUUAUCUAACAAAACCUGAUGGCGCUCAUUCGCGGUAUCAUCCGGAUGAUUGGACAGCAAUGGAUUGCCGUCGACAUAUUCACAAAGCGACGAAUGCUGGUAAAGAUGAACGGCAACGGGCAUUUAUUCAAGCUUGUUCGAAACUACGACCUGUUUUUCGAUAUUUCUUCUAUGAAUAUUACAAUAAGUCAAAUAUAUGGCAUAAGAAAAAGCAGGCUUACGCCAAAAGUGUCGCUACAUCAUCGAUUGUCGGUUAUAUCGUUGGUCUCGGAGAUCGUCAUGUACAAAAUAUUCUGAUCGAUACACAAACUGCAGAAGUAAUUCAUAUUGAUUUAGGUGUUGCAUUCGAUCAAGGCAAAAUGUUACCAAUUCCGGAAACUAUUCCUUUUCGAUUAACACGCGAUGUUAUUGAUGGUCUUGGUAUAUGUGGUACCGAGGGUCUUUUUAAAAAAAGUUGUGAAAUUACUCUUGAAUUGAUGCGUCAAUAUGCCGAUACAUUAAUAACAAUCAUCGAAGUAUUUCUCUACGAUCCACUUUAUCAGUGGCAAUUAUCACCACAGAAAGCUUUACAACUUCAACAACAAUUUGACAAAACUAAUGCUGAUUCAGUCGUAUCAUCGUCAUAUCGAUCGUCGGGCAAAGGAAGUAUGCUGCCUCCACCUGUACCACAAUCAUCCACACCAACUCCAGGAAACGAAUCAGGAACAAUAGAUACAAAUAAAAUGGCUGAACGACUACUCUUAGGUGUUCGUCAGAAAUUACAGGGUAUCGAACGAUUAAACCAAAUGACCAUUAAAGCUCAUGUAAAUAUGUUAAUACAAGAAGCAACAAGUAUCGAAAAUUUGUCACAAUUGUUUGCUGGUUGGCAACCAUACUUCGUUUUUCCUUUACGACGAGUAUUCAUAUCAAACUAUUGGUUUUCAAAUUAUUCUUAUUAUAUCUGUACACAGAUUUACAAUGAAUCUGAGCAUUAUCUAAACGAUUGGCUUGAUCAUCAAUUUAAUGUGAUUGGGUUUAAGAACGUUUGUUUGAUCAAUGUUGGUUCUCCCCUGUCAGCCGCACUUCGAACUCGAUUUCGAUUUGCCUAUGUGGAAAAAACAAAUCGAAUGCAAGAAUUUCAAUAUUGCCUUUCAUCUUGUUUCGUUGAUAAACCAAUGCGUUCUCAAGAUCUUCUCAUGAUUCAUGAUAUUGACGAAUAUUUGAACGUCAGAAAAGCACAUGUUAUAUCUCAGUAUUACAACGAUUUCGAUCGCUUUCAUUUCCAAGAAAUUCGAUACGGUUAUGUACUAGCAACAGAAAAGGAAAUGAUUAAUCAGUCAAUACGUACUACAAAUCUUUGGCGUAAACCCCAUCGCUCUCUUGGCGAAUACGAAGAAAAGGAUAUAAAGGAUCUAUUUAAAUGUCAGAAUUAUGAUGGUUGGCCAUCGUGCAACGAAGGUAACGGGAAAGAAAUGAUUCGAGUGGGUGCUAUUAAAUCAUUAGGUGUUCAUUUCCAUGAAAGUAACAAUGGGUUGGGUCGUCGACUUUCUAUCGAUAUGAUGAAGAUCCGUUUAAAUCAUUACGUAAUGCGAACUGGAGAAGAUGCAGUACUAUCAGCACAAAAAUGGAAUAAAAUCGGUUCACGACUCGGGCAAAUCAAAACGAAUAAAUGGUUUCGUAUUGUCUUCGAUGAUUCAAUUACUGAAUCAAAAAGACUCACUUAA